UUUCCACCAUAAUUUCAGUGUGCUUGGGUUCUGGUUCGAAUUUCAGCAAACAGAGGAGCCGUUUUGCGACUGAGAUCUCGUUUGCUUGAAACAACUUAAUAUAAUGAGGGCUUCUAUCAAUCGCCCACCAACACCUGAUGCAGAGGAAGACCAAGAAAAAGAACUAAGCCUUCAAGAGAUCAUCAACAUCAAAUUAAUCGAGAGCGGGGAAAAGGAACGAUUGAAGGAGCUUCUAAGGGAAAGGCUUAUUGAAUGUGGGUGGAGAGAUGAAAUGAAAACUCUUUGCAGAGCAUUUACUAGAAAGAAAGGAAGGAAUAAUGUUACUGUGGAUGACCUUGUACAUGUAAUCACCCCAAAGGGCAGAGCCUCAGUUCCUGAUUCUGUAAAGGCUGAACUGUUGCAACGCAUCCGAACUUUUCUAGUGUCAGCAGCUCUUUGAUCCUGAACGCCGAGUUCUCCAUGCUCUCACAGUUUCUUCUAAAAGGGGGGGGGGGGUUCCCUGCUUUUAGUGUGUCUGUGUCAUUUGCAGAGUCAGACCUCUAGACUAAGGUCCUAAUGGAAGUCUACCUUCCCUUGUUUCAAAUUGCAGAUGUUUCAUGGAUGUGAAAAACUAAAUUUAUUUGCUCAUAGUAACAGUACAUAUUGAAAGGAAAUGUAAUGUUCCCUGUCAACGCUUUACAUUCAAUCAAAGUUUGAGUGAAGGGUGUUAAAGUUGUUAUCCAGAAGU